CUCGUCGUGGCAGCACCGCCCGCACACCGCAUGCCACUUCUCGGCCCCUUCUUCCACCUGGCAUUGGCCAUUGUUGCAAUUGAGACAGGUGGAAGUUAAGUUGUCAGAAAUAUGUAAGCCGGCAAUACACACCAGCUGUGGUGUGUAUUGCCAGAGUGAAGAAUCUUGCUCCUCACUCUGGCUGUAGUGUGCCAGUCUGUUUGGUUUUCUAAGGCCAGGGAAAGGAGGCAUGCGUGUGUUGUCACCACUGCCUCAGUGGAAGCUACAUGACUCAUUUCCCAUACUCUCUCUCUCUCUCUCUCUCUCUCUCUCUCUCUUUCUGUGUUUUCAAGAUAAAAAAUAUGACAUAUUUUCCUUUGUUUAGUGUUCUCUGUGUUGUGCCCGAAAGUAGUGUUUAAGUUUUUCUGUGCUGUGCCUCUAAUCAUUCAGUGACCGCCCUGUGCGUCUUUUGCCGUGUCAGGAAAGGAGUGUUUCUUCUCCAGGUAACAUCGGAGCAACACACGCCCCACAUCCCACCAUGGCAUCCAACCCACAUCACCACGUGGAGGAACUUCGUAAGGCAUUUAAACAACAACUAACAACGGAGCUGGUCACUGCUGUGGAGAAAGGAGACGAGGCAGGGGUGAGGUCGGCACUCGAGAGGGGUGCCAGGGCCGAGGUCACUGUCCCCAUUAAUGAUAGGGUGUCAGGGAGUCUGCUAACUCUGGCUGCCAGCGAGGGCCACGACCACCUACUGCCUCACUUACUGCAGGCGGGGUUAAGCAUAGAAGGUUGGGGCACCACUGACGCGACACCGCUGAUGCUGGCUGCCUUGUUUGGCCACAGCCAGACAGUAAAGGCACUGUUGGACCUCGGCAGUAACCCUCUGGCCACGUAUGGUGAAGGUUGGACAGCCCUCCACUUUGCUGCAAAGUCGGGCCACCAGCAGUGUGUGGCGGCCCUCAUCCCAGUCACUCCUCCCACUCCCGCACACCUCCAGGCAAACACCCCGGUACACACCGCCAGUUAUGAAGGCCACGUGGAGGUACUGGAGCAGCUGGCAAGUGCUGGCUGGCCCCUCACCGCAAGGAAUAGUGAUGGCGACACACCCAUGCACCGUGCUGCGGCAGGGGGUAGUGUGACAUGUCUGCAAUGGCUGGUGCAGCGAGGAGGUGACCCGAGCGUGCAAAAUAAUGCAGGACACACCCCGCUUGACCUGGAACUGGUCACUGCUGUGGAGAAAGGAGACGAGACAGGGGUGAUGUUGGCACUCUACAGGGGUGCACGGCCCGAGGUCAAAGUCCCCACUAAUGAUGAGAUGUCAUGGAGUCUGUUUACUGUGGCUGCCAGCGAGGGUCACGACCAUCUGCUGCCUUACCUACUACAGGCGGGGUUAAGCAUAGAAGAUGGAGGCACCACUGACAUGACACCGCUGAUGAUGGCUGCCUUACGUGGCCACACCCAGACAGUGAACGCACUGCUGGAGCUCGGUGGUAACCCUCUGGCCACGCAUCGUGAAGGGUGGACAGCCCUCCACUUGGCUGCAGGGCAGGGCCACCAGCAGUGUGUGGCAGCCCUCAUCCCCGUCACCCCUCCCACUCCCGCACACCUCGCGGCACUCACUCCGGUGCACACCGCCAGUUAUAAUGGCCACGUGGAGGUACUGGAGCAGCUGGCAGGUGCUGGCUGGCCCCUCACCUCCAGGGACAGUUAUGGCAAUACACCCAUGCACCGUGCUGCGGCAGGGGGCAGCGUGACAUGUCAGCGAUGGCUGGUGCAGCGAGGAGGUGACCCGAGCGUGGAAAAUAAUGCUGGACACACCCCGCUUGACCAGGAGCUGGUCACUGCUGUGAAGAAAGGAGACGAGGCAUGGGUGAGGUCGGCACUCGACAGGGGUGCACGGCCCAAGGUCACCGUCCCCACUAAUGCUGGGGUGCUGGGGAGUCUGCUGACUGUGGCUGUCUACGAGGGCCAUGACCACCUACUGCCUAGCUUACUGGAGGCGGGGAUAAGCAUAGAAGGUGAAGGCACCACUGACAAGACACCGCUGAUGGUGGCUGCCCUACGUGGCCACACGCAGACAGUGAAGGCACUGCUGGACCGCCGCAGUAACCCUCUGGCCACGUAUGGUGAAGGGUGGACAGCCCUCCACUUUGCUGCAAGGUCGGGCCACCAGCAGUGUGUGGCAGCCCUCAUCCCCGUCACCCCUCCCACUCCCGCACACCUCGAGGCACUCACCCCGGUGCACACCGCCAGUUCUAAAGGCCGCGUGGAGGUACUGGAGCAGCUGGCAGGUGCUGACUGGCCCCUCACCGCCUGGGACAGUAGUGGCUACACACCCAUGCACCAUGCUGUGGUCGGGGGAAGUGUAGCAGCUGUGAAGUGGCUGGUGCAGAAAAAUGUUGACCCACACAUCCAGUCGAAGGACAGACGCACCCCACUGGAGUUGGCAAUGCAGUAUGGCUGCCACGAGGUGGAGACCUGGCUAGCCAAAAAUGUUGGCAGGAGCAAGAUUCUGCAUGUGGAGGAAGUGAGGGCGUGGCAGGGCUUGCACGAAGACCAACACAACAGCGUCUUGUCCCUGCUGGUGGCGGGCAACGAGGCAGCCAUGGCUACCAUCCCCAGGGAUUAUGAUGGUCACGCGCUGAGCCAUGAUGGCCUGACGCCUCUUCAUGCCGCGGCGCUGUGCGGGGCUCCCAGUGGUGCUGUGGAGGCUUUGCUGCGACGCGGCGUGAGCCCUCAUGUGACCACUCCUGACAACAUGACCCCCGCUGACCUGGCACGGCAACAAGGCCAUGACUCCGUGAUUAAGGGACUACAGCGUCACCACUGUGAACAAAGCGGCACGCCUCCCGAGCACCUGCACGAGGAGCUGCUCUUAACAGUCAGUCGCCGGGACGACGUGCAGGCAGUGUCCACCCUCCUGUGUAAGGGCGCUCCCAUAGAGCUCCUGGGUAGCCAUUCUGUCCUGAGACUGGCUGUCACCACCGACCGUACACACACCAUCAGCCUGCUGCUAGCCAGCGGUGCACCGCUGCCUGCCAACCUGCUCCAGGAGGCUUGGCAGAGCCCCGAUGUGACCCACAGGGUGCUGGCCUUCCUCACCACCGCCUACUGCUGCCGGCUGCGUGCAGAGCAGCGUCGCCUGGAAAAGAUCAGUAGCGCCCUUGUCGAGGGCAUCGACAGUCUGGUGAAAACCAUCGAGGGAAAUACUCCCUGGCAGGCAGCCUGGCGAUGGGGAAAGGAAACUGACCGGCCAGCACUGAGCGACCUCCUGGCAAAGGCCGCGGCUGCCAACUGCCCUGUGACUGCCGCCUUCCUGCAUAGGGCAGGAGGAUGGACAGUCUUUAAUGGAGCCUCUGGUGGCACUGCCCUCCACGCUGCCCUGGAAGCUGGCCACAAAGGCAUGGCCGAUCUGCUGAUCAGGGACCUUGGGGGCUGCCCGUACGUGCCGGACACACAUGGUCGCCUUCCAGUGCACAUGUUGCCUGAUGAGAAGCAACAGAGGCUGGAGCAGAAGCUCUUUAUGGAGGAGCGUGAAAAACUGGAGAAUAUGGAGCUUCGCUUGAAGGCAGAUCACGAGAAGACCGCAGCACGGACAGCGCUGUGUAUACAGAAGGAUCUUUUUGAGAGCCACAAGAAGGGCGAGGGUAAGAAUGUCUCCUCACAUGAUGGCCGCGCUGCCCUGCUGCUGGCCUCGCGCAAAGGUCUCCUGCAGCUGACUCAUCUUAUACUGCAAGAGGGUCAUUUCCCCGUGGAUGAAGUGCUGGACUACACCUGCGGCACCACCGCUCUACACCAGGCAGCCUCACACGGCCAGGACAGCUGCGUGUCGCUACUGCUGAGCGCCGGCGCCAACACACAGCAGCGCGACACCUAUGGCCAGACGCCCCGCCACCUGGCCGCCAUGUUUGGCCACAAAAGUACUUUUGAACUCUUGGCACACCAAGAAACGCAGGACCUUCCUUGCCGCGCGGGCACCACGGCCACACAGGUGAAAGAAAAUUUUAAAGUCUUUCACAAUAUGUAUUACAAAUAUAAGCGUAAUCUAUUAGACCCAAUCGACCAUCGUGACCCCGAAAACGUCAUAAGAAUUCUCGUGAAAUCCAUAGGCCUGCAAGAGCUGCAGAUGGAGGCUCAGCGGGUGGCUGUGGAUCUAUCAAAGGGCGAGGCCCUUAAGGUGAAGGAGGCGGUCAUGGCGGAAGUAAGCACCAUCAUGAAUAAGGUGGCAGCCGCUGAUCCCACCUACCACGGCGACCUGAGGCUGGCGGGCAGUUCUCGGGACGGCUCUAAGCUGUAUGCCCCUGACGAAUUUGAUAUAAACCUCGUGAUUCACGAGGAUAACGUAGGAAUAAAUGUUAGUCAGAGAAGGAAGGAGGAAGCACCGCUGAAGGGCAGCUUCCAGAUUUCUGUGAAGACUGACAAUCCUCACCUUGAAGGUAAUAGAUUUAUGGCCAAUUUGUACAAGGAGGUGCACCGGUGCCUCGCUGGCCACACCCUGCAGGACGAAAGACUGAGCCUGGUGCCACCGGGCCUGAUCAGCACGCAAGUGGGCGUGGGACUCUCUCUGGCCUGGCAGGGGGAAGAGUAUCCACUAUUGCUGGUCGGCGUGGACCUAGUGCCAGUGCUUGAAGUGCCAUGGCUGGAGCAAGUUUCCAGACCCUUCCUCACUCCUGAGGACACCACCACCAUGCAGCUCAGUAAUGCUGCGGACGGAACAUGGCGCUGCAGCUUUGCCUUGACAGAGGCUAAGGUGCUGGGGACAUUGACACCCGCAGAGCGCCAGGUACAGCUGAUGGGAAAAGUACUUCUUUCCCGCCUCAAGGCCGAGCGCUGGAUGCCUCGGCACAAAAAGAGCUUCUUCAAGUGGUUUGCCACACGGGAGUGGAACAUCGCGGUGCCAGGCGGGUUCUGCUUCAAGAAUGCACUCCUGCGGUGGCUGGAGCUUAGGCGGUGGAGGAAGGUAGAGCUUGGGGCUGGACGGAAGCAGGAUCACACCAAGGAGUUGGGCGCUGGACAGGAGGGGAACCACUCUAAGGAGAUGGGGGCAGGACAGGAGGGGGACCACACCAAGGUGUUGGGGGCUGGACAGGAGGGGGACCAUGCCAAGGAGUUGGGGACUGGACAGGAGGGGAACCACACUAAGGAGUUGGAGGCUGGACAGAAGGGGGACCAUUCCAAGAAGUUGGGAGCUGGACAGGAGGGGGACCAUACAAAGGAGUUGGGGACUGGACAGGAGAGGAACCAUGCCAAAGAGUUGGUGCCGGGGCGGGAGGGGGACCCCACCAAAUGGUUGGGGAAGGUGUUCAGAUUGAUGUGUGCGAACCCAGAAGAGUCACGAGAGCAACUGACAACUCAAAACAGCUCUGCCUACUUUGGAGGAGACUGUGAGGGACGGAAGCCUGGGGACGGGGCGCCCGUCAUCGUGCAGUGUCUGGAGGAGGGUUUGGAAAAGUUGUCUUCUGGCUUGGCCUCAGCCAAGACAACCAGGCCGCGGCGACGAAAGCAUUAGAUGCAGAAGAUGCAGAACCGUUUAAUCAUUAGCUGUGAUUUGUGCCACGCCUCAUAACCACCCCCCCCCAACACACACACACAAGCUUGGUUUGGUGCUCGAUUU